UACACAGCCUGAGGAACCUUCUACACCCAGAGAGAAGUUUAACUCCAGAGCUAUGAGUGAUAUCACAGAAACAACAGCACUGACCCGACCCUUAAUGUCCUCCAAACGGCACAAGAGCAUGAGGAAAAGCAGCAGGAGGAUUUACUCACCUUACCAGGACAACACAGGACCUUCCGACGAUGAGGAUAAAGAUGAAGAGCGAGUGGAUAGUAACGACCCAGAAGAAUUGUUCCAGAACAUUCAGGUGCAGAAGGAGCUCAUCGCCAACAUUCGGACGCGGCCGUGGCCAAUACGGCGCAAACUCAAAGUCUUAAAGCAGGCGAGAGAGAUUGUGUUAAAGUAUGAAGGCAGACUGACCAGGACUCGAGGCUACCAGGCUGCAGGGGCAGAUCUGCUAAAGAAGAUUUCGAGAGUUCUAUACAAUAUACUGGUGCUAUUCAUCCCCUGGGAAGUGAGGAUUAAAAAGAUUGAAAGUCACUUUGGAUCUGGUGUGGCCUCUUACUUUAUUUUCCUGCGAUGGCUUUUCGGCAUUAAUAUCGUCCUCACCAUAAUGACCGGAGCAUUCAUCGUUCUGCCUGAGCUGCUGGCCGGCGCUCCAUUUGGCACCACUCGCAGUAAGACCAUCCCUAGAGACCAGAUCGCCUCCGCUCAGGACCUGGACACCAUCUGGUCACUUGGGGGCUACCUGCAGUACUCCGUGCUUUUCUACGGUUACUAUGGUAACGUGCGUAAAAUCGGCAGCGCCGGCUAUCGUCUGCCCCUGGCCUAUUUCCUGGUUGGAAUGGCUGUUUUUGCCUACAGUUUCAUCACUCUGUUAAGAAAAAUGGCGAGAAACUCACAGCUGAGUUUAGCUAGUGAGUCUGAUGAGAACUACACUUUCUGCUGGAGGAUCUUCUGUGCCUGGGACUACCUGAUCGGCAACCCCGAGGCGGCCGAGAGCAAAGGAGCGGCCAUCGUUAAUAACAUCAGGGAGGCCAUUGUGGAAGAGCAGGAGAAAAAGAAGGACACCAGCCUCGCAGUUUUGAUCAGCCUGCGGAUCCUGGCCAACAUCCUGGUGCUGCUGUCUCUGGCAGGCAGCAUCUACAUCAUCUACUUUGUAGUGGACCGAUCCCAGAAGCUGGAGCAGCAGAAAGCAGAACUAACUCUAUGGGAGAAGAACGAGGUGAGUGUGGUUGUCUCCCUCAUUACCAUGAUCGCUCCAUCUGCCUUUGAGUUAGUGGCUCAGCUGGAGAUGUACCACCCCAGGACCAGCCUCCGCUUCCAGCUGGCCAGGGUGCUGGUGUUGUACCUUGGAAACCUCUACAGUCUGAUAAUCGCCCUGUUGGAUAAAGUGAACAGCAUGAGCUCUGGUACUCUAGGAAACUUGUCCGACUCCACAUCAUAUCUGGCCACCAUCUCCCAGCCUGCUGAGAUCAACCUGUCCACUGUUGUACCUGAGAUUACAAAGGGGAGGAAUGCUACCCUCACUACUACCAUCGCAGAUCUCAACCGAACCAUAAUCACCAUCAAAAGUGGUUUCUUAUCUGGACAACCAGCACCAGCACUGACCCCAAUGAACCAGUCCACCUCAUAUGAGUACAACACCAAAACCCAGCAGGAUCAGUGCUGGGAGACGUAUGUCGGCCAGGAAAUGCUGAAGCUUUCAAUCAUUGACAUGAUCUUUACUGUGGCAAGUAUUUUACUGAUUGAUUUCAUUCGGGGCCUGGUGGUCCGAUACCUGAGCGACUGCUGCUGCUGGGAUCUGGAGAGCAAGUUUCCUGAAUAUGGUGAAUUCAAGAUCGCUGAAAAUGUCCUCCAUCUAAUUUACAACCAGGGAAUGAUAUGGAUGGGGGCAUUUUUCUCACCAUGUCUGCCUGCCUUCAAUGUCCUGAAACUGAUCGGGCUUAUGUACCUGAGAAGCUGGGCUGUGCUCACCUGUAAUGUGCCACAUCAGCAGGUCUUCCGUGCCUCUAGAUCCAACAAUUUCUACCUGGCUAUGCUCCUCUUCAUGCUCUUUCUCUGCAUGCUUCCGACCAUCUUUGCGAUAGUGAGGUACAGGCCUUCCCAGCACUGCGGACCUUUUAGUGGUCAAGAGAAGAUUUACGACAUCAUAUCAGAAACCAUAGACAACGACUUCCCGCUGUGGUUCAGUAAGGCGAUGAGUUAUGUCACCAGUCCGGUGGUGGUCCUGCCUGCUCUCCUGCUCCUGUUCAUGCUGAUCUACUACCUGCAGGCCAUUGCCAGAUCACUCAAAUUCACCAACAACCAGCUGAGAGUUCAGCUUCAGAACGAACGCACAGAAGACAAGAAGAAAGUGUUUCAGAUGGCUGCAGCUCGUCUCCAGCCACCUGAAGGCGGCGACAAAAAGCCUGAACAGGAGAGUGACAUCACCAGCAUGGAGUCCCCCGCUCGCUCCACUUCUCCUCCGCGCCGCAACGGCACCGUCACCAACUUCCAGUCGCCGGUUCGCCGUGGCAACAGUAUCCGCACCAUUACUCAGUCCGCCUCUCGGGCUGAUGUCAGGCCCACUGGAGCCACACGAAGCCCCUCUGUCCCCGUCCGACCCAAACCCAGACUGGAGCACAUCCCCAACAGUGCUUACAGAGUGAUUGCUGGUCCCCCCGUCCCCCCAAGGCAGAUUCACAGGGUGGAGUACAUUCCCAUUCCAGUCAGGCAUCCAGGGUAUCUGGGUGGAAUGAGCGGCUCAUGCCGUUCCAAAUCAUAUCACCAAAUGGCCUACAAUCCGUCCAUGCGCUACACUGAAAACAUCCACUCUGACCCCCUGUUCAGGAAGAGCCUCAGGCCUGUCCGCCCCGAGCCCGGUAUCAUCACAUCCCAGAGCUACAUGGGCCGUCGCGCACACACCACCCGCUACGUCAUCGUCAAUGAGCACGAACCACGCAAGAAGCUAUUGCGCUCCACCACUCGCAUCCCGAGGCACUACUGUCUGGUGGACGAACCUGAGAUAGUGGAGCUUUACCCUCGAAACAUCAAACGCUACAUCCCUCGCACGCCCCACCGGAGCCAGCAGCCACACCUCAGCGAGGAAGAAGAAGAGGAGGAAGAGGAAGAAGCAAAGAAAGGAGGAAGAAGGGGGUCAAUCGGGCAGUCCCACAGGCCGAGGUCCCUUUCCGACCUCCAUCAGCCUGCACGCUUCUACAUCGGAGAUACCUUGGAGAGCCGACUGGCACAAAGCGUAUAUGGAGAAGAAGAGGAAGAAGACUGUGGUGAACAAUGGGACAAGAAAGGUUCUCAUCCAAAAAGCUCCCGGUGUAACCUUAAAGUUGCAGAGACAGCCCACCGGCACGGAGAACCUCACGUGAAGCCGAAAAGCAAGCGCAAGGGGGAACCGUCACUAACCGAAUCCGAUUCAGCCUCGUUAGCAUCCAGCAGUGACCAGCAGAACAGCAGCACUGACCAGUAUAUCCAGGUCAUCCACAACAAGGAGAAAUACCUGAAGCACAGCGCUAAGUUAACUAAAAAGAAGUCCAAAACUAGUGGCGAAAUGAAUGCAUCUGGAUCGAAUGAUCUUGUGUGUUCAAAUGUUUGAUUCAACAGUAUUGAAUUGCUUAAUAAUAAGUUCCUGAAGCCUUAGAAGUCGUAGUUCUCAGUUAGCACGCUGUAAUUUCAUUCGAAUUAUUUCUGACUCAUAGCUAAUUCAAACAUGAGGAGAAAUUGGGUGGAAAGUGCAGAUUCUAAAGUUUCAAUCCAUACCACAUUUGUGUUUGCAGUUACAAGAGAAGAUAUUUUAUUAUGAUUUGAAUUUGAUGAAAAAGUCAGAGACCAUCCUCCUUUUAUUUCAUUUCCACCUAAAAUGCCUAUUAAGUUGUUCGUUUUAUUAGGAGAUAUUACUGAGGGGAUUAGGUAUAAAGUAAUCCACCUGCAUAAGGAAAGUAAGUAAAAAAAAAUAGUGUUCUAAAAAUGAUCAAAAGCUACGGAGAAAAUGAGCCUCCUAACAACCACCUGAAAGACCUGGUAGACACCAAA